UCUACAACAGCCAACUGAUCAGACUUAUAACUUACAAGCCGACAGUUAAUUUUGGAGAAAAUAUAUCCCUCCCUCCCAUCCGGCUAGCGUUAAAAUAUGGCAGCUACGUCGGAGGAGAGUACGAUGCUUCCCGGACAUCGGGAUGAAGAUCAGUUACUUAUAAGGAACUUGUACAAUGCUGUGCGAGCCGGUAAUUUGGAAGAGACAAGACAUAUUCUUGAGUAUUAUCCUGAGGCAUUGAAUAUGAGAAUCACAUAUAAAAACGAAACGGCUCUUCACAUUGCUGUUAUAUAUGGACAUGAGCAUAUAGUGGAGUUGUUGGUGAAUCAAAUGUCCAAUGAGGGCCUGACAAUGUAUGAUUAUGACGGCAACACAGCUCUAAUCUUGGCUGCCAUGCUUGGGAAAUGUCGAAUGGCUGAGUGCAUGCUUCGAAAGUACCCUUGCUUGAUCCGUAUUAGAGAUUCCAAACGUAAUAGGCUUCCGGUUGCUUGGGCAAUGGAAUUCGGGCAAAUAGAAAUGGCGCGCCGUUUGUAUGAUCUUACUUGUGACGAAGAUUUGAUUCCACAAGAUAAUGAUGAGGAGAUUCAAUACUCCGAUACUGCUACGCUUCUUAACAAUGCUAUCUACACGGGAACUUUGGAUAUUGCUUUGCGAUUAAUCCGACGCUGGCCACGUUUGGCACUGACUCGUGGCAACACCAGAUUCUUGGCAAAACCGGACUCCGAGUUUCUACUCUCCUACGCACUGACACAGUCUCCCAUCUAUGCAUUGACCUCUAUGCGUCAAUCCUUCUCAAGUGAAAAUCAGCUUGGAUUUUGGAAAAAACGCAUCUACUCGUGUAUUACCACUCUCUCCUUUAAUUCUCUUGCUUUAUAUUGUACAUUUUGUAAUAUUAUUCAAUAUUAA